GUCUACCAGGUAUAGCCCUGAAGUUUCCCACCACCAGCAGCUUUUUGGCCCCAGCCAUUCGCCUUGCUGCAUGCAGCGCCUGCUUCGGCUCAUCUCGGGCCCCAUGAAGGCGGCCUUUCCGGCCACGGGACCCAUCUGCGUCACCGGUGGGUCUGGAUUCCUGGGCUCUUGGUGCAUCAAGCUGCUGCUGGAGGCCAAGAAAGCGGCUUACUUGAUGGACUUGCCAGGUGCCUCCAGUCGUUUGAAAAUCUUCGAAGACGUCGACCUGCUGACCCCGGGCGCCUUUGAUGCGGCCAUCGCGGGCUGCGGCGCGGUGCUGCACACGGCCUCGCCGUUUUAUAUGGCCGGUGGAUCGGAGGAAACUGCCCUUGGACCUGAUAGCUCAGCGCAGGAGAAAUUGGUCACGCCUGCAGUGGAAGGCACCCGGAACGUCUUGUCCUCGUGCCACAAGUUGGGCGUCAAAAGGGUGGCCUUGACCAGUUCGACCGGCAGUGUUUAUGUGAACUAUGGCAAAGUUCCUGCGGACCACGUCUACAGCUCUGCAGAUUGGUCUCCUUCAGAGCUUUUCAGAGAGAAGCAGAACUGGUAUUGUUUAUCCAAGGUUCUAGCCGAGGAGACGGCUUGGAAGAUGAGUCGAGAGCCGGACUGUCCCUUCCAACUGACCGUGCUGCUGCCGACCUUGAUCUGGGGCCCCAUGGUGCCAGGGCAGCCCCACCUGAAUACCUCGGCCAGUUCUUUGGUGGGUUAUAUGGAUGGAAGCAUCCAGGAGAUCGAGAACGCCUGCAAGACGGUCGUGGACGUGCGCGACGUGGCGCGCGCACAUGUGGAAGCCGUGUGUCGGGAGGGCCUGGGCGGGCAGCGCAUUCUGCUGAUCGGAGGAUCUCCGCACUUUGAGGAGGUCGCCAGAUACAUCAGAGAGGCCUUACCGGAGGAGAUGAAAUUCAAGGUGCCCAGCAAGGUCUCUGAAAAGUUGGGUCCUGCUGUGAUGGGUCCUGCGCCUCCCCUGCCCGUCUUGUAUGAUGUUUCGCCUGCAGAGAAACUGUCACCUGCCUGGAAGGAUCUGGAAGGAGGCCUCCAGUGUUCAGCCGUCCUAGCCGUCCUGAGGUUGGGCAUCAGCUUCAAGUCAGUUGAGGAACAGGUGAAAUCCAUGGUACAGUCGAUGCUGGAAAAUGGCUUCAAGAGCGUGGAACAGUACGCGCCAGGGCAAAUGUGA